AUGACCUGGGUAACUCUGCUUUUAUUGGGACCAGUCAUUGCAUGCGCAGGCUGCAGAAUGACUCGAUUUUUCAAAGAGGAAAAUGUCGUUCUGCGAAAUCACGUGAUAAAAACUGUGACAGUCGAUCAUCCAAUCAAGUGUCAAGAGGAAUGCUUGGACAUACCACUCUGUUUUUCUGUCAACGUGCAUCUACAUCAGGGGUCAUCUGGCCGGUUCACGUGUGACUUAAAUAAUUCAAGCAAAACCGCUGGCCCGAUGGACUUAGUACCGAAUGAUGGAUGCCAAUACCGUCAAAUGGCGGUAAGUUGUGUGAAAAUAAAUAACUAUCCUAUCUUUAAAUAACUAUCCUAUCGGUUUAAAACGAAAUAACUCCAAUAGCCAAUCUAGCCUGAUGUCUUGAGUUUUGAUGUAUACAAAGCGCGUUAAACCCUAAGGUGAUGUUACCCGAGACGAAUCGCAACGACGAUUUUUAACGCAACAUAGCGUUGCAGUGAGUGUUGCGACAUCGUUUCGAAUGGUUACAACAUUGUUCCAGCAUAUCAACUCUGUGUUGCUCUAAAAAUCGUCGUUGCGUACCGUCCCGUAUAAACAUCACCUUCAAGCUAAGAGCCAACAUAUAUUUGUUUUGCUUGUGAUUCGAUAUCAAUGGACACCCAAUCGAGUCUUAAACGAGGCCAAAAAGGAAUUAGUGUUAUUGAUAAACGAAAGUGUGCUUUGAAAAGGUGCUAAAAAGCCUGGUUUUGUUUGUUUGUUUGUGUUUUCGCUCAUAAAGUUUGCCUGAACAUAUUUUUCCCCGGCAGGAAGUUUUACAUUGCACUAUGGAUCAAUGUAUCUACAAAGACGGUAAGAUGCCAUAUAAAUUGACUUAAAAGUAACCAGCUUUAAACUCUGUAAAAAUGCUAACUUAAAUAAAUCAAUUAAAUAACGUGACCUAUUAUGAUUAUUUUCUAUAGUUCUACCCGGUGACUGGUUCAUAUACGGUUCCAAAAAGCUUAAGAUUUUUGCCGAAAAUCGGAACUGGACCAGCGCAAGGGCCUACUGCCAGUCGAUUGGAGGAGCUUUAGUGUCAAUUAACAGUGAGGGCAAGAAUGAGUUCAUCACUCAUUUGCUUGGUAAAUUUAUACUUAAAAUCUUACAACAGGCUGGUUAGAAGCGAAACAGUUCUCAUCUCCUGAUCACGUUCGGUUGAGAUCAACAAGGAGAAAUUUAUGGACUGGAAACUAUAAAAUAUUUUCUACGAGAUAUUUCAACUACAUCGCUUAGCUUUCAUUAGUCGCAAGUUACAUAGCAGUCACGUGACCUGAGAAAAGUCACGUGACAGGGGAAUUGCGUCUUAGAUAUUGAGUAAAUAAGCCUUAGAGCUCCAGUCAAGUUUUAUAUGUACAAGUUUUGUGACCAUACAACUCACUUGACAAACUUCUGGUCAAAUUUAACCUUAAAAUGCUACGCUAACACUUUUGUCAAAGCGGACGCACAAAUAGGGGAAGAGUGCCGACAGACUAUAUUCUAUCUGCAAGGGUAUUCUGACCCAUCGCAAGAAACUGAUGUAGUCAGAAAACUACGGCGAAUACAGUUCGCUCUACAAGAAGAACAACUUUAUGUUGAAUGUGUGGUGAGAUUCCACACGUGUCUGACACGUAUCCGGAUUCCCUCCAGUACCCAGGACUCCACUGGGAAUAUUGCCAACUGAGCAUGCGUCGUUAAGAGCGCGAAAUUCGUAUCUUGCUCUGCCUUUCACGGUACAGAACUAAUCUCGAUCUUGGUACGUCAGCGGUAAAAAAAUAUCCGGAUUUAGCGUCCACACGAUUCCGAGAUUCAUAGCAUAUUCAAAAAUUUCCACUCUGAAAGUUGCGGAUUUGUAUGCCGGAUUCAUCGGAUACGGGUAGACGGAAGCCGUAUGCGGAAAGAUACUUGGCCCCAUACUUGUGGACAGGGCCGUUAACAAUAACGCAUAUAACCCGUACAUUAUCUGAUGGCUUUAUAGGGUAGUUCUAAAUUAUGGCUGAUUUUUCAAAAAAAAAAAUCCAAAAUUCCAACCCUUUUCAGAAAUGAUGACUUUUUUGCAAAAGUAAAUGGGAUAAAUAUUUAAACGAAGUCUAACUUAAGGCGCGGUUUAACGAAUCUUUGAACCUCCAGUUCUCUUCUUUGGUGGGUUGUUUUAAGAUCAGGAGUCUUCUCCAUAUGCUUUCAUAAAACUGUUCACAAUAAAUGAUGUUUAAAUAAAAUCGUUGGGCAAAUUGAAAAUGACUGAGAACACGGUUUUGUUAAACACUGGCUAAACCACGUUUAAAUAUUUGGCCCAAUGUCCUUGAUCGCGUUCGUCAGAACGCAUCCUAAUUUGGUGUCCCUCUGGCACUAAGGCAGAAAUUUUCGACUGCAAAUUAGCCGCACCUAUUAAUUUUAUCAGGGGCACCUUAGCUAGGAAACUGGACUCUUUUCGACUCAUUGAUUUCGUUUCCGUAAUUUUUUCCGUAAGUGACGAACGUGGAUCCGUAAUAAACGAUUACCUCUAGUCUAUAAAUUUAAGUCCAGGUCAGACCAAUUUUUUGUUUGCAUGUUAUUUACCAUAUUUUGCCUGAAUUUAAAGUUUAUACCAAUUUUUUUUUUCAUUUAUGUUAAGCCAAAUUAGGUUAUCAACCAAACACACUUCUAGCGCGCUGGUCUUUGGAUGGAACUGACUCAGAGGUGAAGUAAGUAAACGAACAGUGAAUAAUUCAUAAUCAAUUACCUAUUUCUGUUGUGUUGUACUGUAUAGGACAAAACUGCACGAUGACGAACUUUUACUACGACUACCAGAUUUGCUGGUUUGCACAUGACGUCACGGCGGCCAUGUUGGUGGUCAAGAACAUAAGCAUUUCUCUCCUCUGGGAACUAAACUCUAUUUUCAUGUAAAUUCUUCGGGAAAAAAACUCUAUUGUAUUGACCCCCAACAUGGCCGCCUUGUCACGUGGUUGCAGACCAAGAAUCCUUCAGUUUGCUGUUGUCUGGUGCAAAUUAGGUCUAUUGUUUUUUAAGCCCCAGCGGGAUGUACAAAUUUGAAUAAGAAAGCAAAAACGAAAUGAAUUCUUAGUUGUAGUCAAAUGCCGUCAUCGUGAAAAUGGCCUGUUAAAAACUUGAAUGAUAGUUGGUUUUAAAAAGAAUAGGUGUCAAUGAAUUCACAUAAUUCCAGCAGGCUAAAUGUUGAAACAAGUAUAAUGACAGUCUGUCAUCAAGCGUGGCAUUAUUUGUUAAUUAACAUUAUUAUUCAUUCAAAGUAUUUCCCCAAUUCUGAUUGGCUAAAAGCACACACAUAAUUCACCAUAACCAGUCACUGAUGACUAAAUCUGGAAGAAUUUGGAAUUAUUUUGAAUGAAUAAUAAAGCAAUUAAUGAAUUCGGCUUUCGUAGCAUAUGAAGAAUUAAGCAUAUCUCGGAGGGUGUUAUCCACCUCGGCCUUCGGCCUCUGUAGAUAACAGCCUCCUCGAUCUGCUUAAUUCUCCUUAUCCUACUCAGCCUCAUUCAUUAAUUGCUUAAUAAAUUUUUUGGCUGUAAAGGUGAUGUUACACGGUACGAUUCGCAAUGACGAUUUUUAACGCAACACAGCGUUGCAAUGUUGGAACAAUGUUGUAACUAUUCCAAACAAUGUCGUAACAAUGUUGCAACGCUGUGUUGCGCUAAAAAUCGUUGUUGCAAAUCGUCUCGUGUAACAUCACUUAGUAACUCUUUCUUUACUUAACUUGGCGUGAAAACAUGAAACACCGGACCAGGGGCCCGUUUCUCGAAGGUCCCGAUAAUUAACGGGCCCGGUAAGCUGUCUCCGUUUACAUUAAAGAUCGAGGUUUCAAUAGUUUUGCAUUCAACACGAUAAAACUGUCAGUUAAUGAAACAAAAUGGAGUAGUUUGCUAACCAGGACCCGCGCUCUUAUUCUUUAUAUUUCGAUUUGAAUAUUUGAUUUCGGGCCCGUAAAGUUACCGGGACUUUCGAGAAACGGGCCCCAGGCCAAUAAAAGUGGCAUAUAUCAUGACUUCAAAUAUUAAGCUAAUUAUGACGCCACAUUUGAUGGCCUCAUCCAUGCGUAAAUUUUAAACUUGAAUCUCCUUAUUUUAGCUUAUUUUUGUACCGUUUUUGAAAGAACUUUUUUAUGAGCUAAAUACAACAUUCUUAAUUUAGCUAAAUUAGUUUUACAAAAACGGGGUACCUAAAAUAAGUGGGUAAAAUGAGUGUAAAAUUAGGUGUUUUAUUGUGUUGGUGCAAUCACGAUAAGUAAGUUACAAAUAACGCAUCUUUACGGUCGAAAGCUAUAAUAACUUCUUAUUGUAUAAAGUUUGAUAACAAAAUUGAACAUUCCAAAUUCUUGAUAAUGUGGUAAGGGGAAAGUUAGACUGAUAAGAAUCAUUUUUGGCUUUCAAGGUUACAGUGUCUCAAGCCAUUUUGCAGCUACUCCGUAAAAACUGAAAUCGUUUAUAGCGGAGCUCUCGCGCGCAGCGGAGCAGCAUGGGUACGAAAAUUUGGUAAACUAUCCAUCAACAUAAAGACGAAACUACGCCGGGCAAGGCUGUCAGUUGGCUGACAGUCGUUUAAAGUUAUAUUGGCAAGCCAAAUAAAGGUCAAUUGACAGCUGUCAAAAUGGGACACGUGUAGACCGCUAUCAGAAAACUAAUAACGUGGGCUCAGGUUCGCUCAGAUACACUAUCUGGCAUUUUCCAAUACAUGCCGGACGGAUAUGUCUUACUCACACUCGUAGUCUGUUAAUUCAAAUAUUCGCCAUUCUAAUGAAGGUUAAUUGACAGCUGUCAAACUAGAGUAUACGCUGACCAUCAUUACCUGAGUGUAUCGCGGGCUCAUUUUUCUAUCCAUUGAGGUCACGCAGUGUUUAAAGUUUUGCGCUGAUAUUUUAUUUGAUCACGGGCUCAAUUCGAAGCCCCAUAGCUUAGAAAAUCUAUCCAUCCUAGAAAAAUCGGCAAUCACGUGACAGUACACUGACCACCCGACCUUCUGUCCGUCCGCACCACAGGUGUACCAAUGUUUAAUCUCAUACUUUCUAGCUAGUUUGGGAGCCUGCAACCUGAUAUUGUACAUCCAUGUUUUGAUUAAUUGACAGCUGUCAAAAUAGUGUCUCCGCUGACCAGUAUCGCCUGACCGUAUCGCGGGCUCAGGUAUCGACCCACUGAGUUAGAGUGAUUUUUUGAAGGUAUCCGCUGACAAGUUGCUACUUUUCAAAUGAUCGCAGGCUCAAGUUCAAUUUUUUCAAAAUGCAUAUGAAGUCGCGUUCAUGAGCCGCACUUUUAAAAUUUUGAUUUCGAACUGACCUCGGACGCGAAAAUUCAACCGGCUUUUACAUUUCCAUUCAGGGAAGGCAAUCGCGUUUGACUUUUCGCACUGUCACUCGUUGAUCACGCUCUACGUCCAAUUUUUAUGUUCUGAUUGGUCAAAAUUUGACAGGUGAGUUCAUGCGGAAAAUUUGUUUACUGAUAGCUUGAGCUGACAGAGUUUUGUGUCAUCUUGUGAUGUUUUAAACUGUCAUUUUCUACUUUGUAUACAAAAUGAAACACAGCUGCUAUCAAGAUUGUUCUGUAAUUCAUGGCUGGUUUGUUUAUUGCGCUUUUUGUUGACAAAUGCACCGCUUGUCAAAGUCAUUGGAAAUCCGAUUUCGGAUGGCAUCGUUUUCAAAAAUGAGCUUACUCACUUGCCCUUGCUUGAGGCAUAAGAGGGUUGAAAAGUCUCAAGCGAUUCUGGAUCACUUGAUGACCUUCAGAAGCAGUAUCUCGACUGGUAAGCCUGAGCAGUUAUUGUCUAUGAUGUGUUUUUUUUUUUUCGGUUUCCUGAAGUCGAGCGUAUGGUUUAUGCGGCUUAAGUUUAUACACGAGCAAUGAUCAGGAGCACCCAACGAGAAUAUAGUUCAAAACCACUUAAACAUAGAAUUGUUAAACGUAUUUUAGUAUUUAAACGGUAGAUAUAGGCAUAUUUUUAUCCCCUAAAAAUUUUUGAUCUGUUCGGAUUUCCUAACUGAAAGUCUAGUGAUCCGAAAAUUAUAGGGAUCAAAACUUACUUUUUCGAAAAUUUCAGCCAGAAAAAAGGCUCCCCAAAAUUCUAGGUGACCUGUUUAGGGUAAAAAUCCGUUAAAAAUAGGCAAUUACACCAUUUUUUAGGUGUUCGAAAAUCCUAGGAGAGGCAGGCAAGUAAGAAAUUUUACAACAAAUGUUCCGAAAAUUCUACUGAGAUCUCAAAUCGUCUUCCGAACAGAUAUUUUUCCGAAAAUUGUCGUUGGGUGCCCCUGAAUGAUCUAACCUACAAUAGUAUCAGGUUUAAAAAGCCUUUAGACAUUUUUUGACCGCAAAUUCAAAGAAAAGAUUCCAAAGAUUAUUUAGUUAUGAUUUUGACUGUAAACAGAAAGCUCUGAGCGAUUUUCUUGCGUCGAGUUCAUCUUGAAAAAGAGCAAACACCGGGAAGCCCGCUUAAAACAUAAAUAAGCUUAUACUCACCUGACUCAUGAUUUUCAGAGACACUUUACUCUCAAUACUUCUCUUCGUGAAUGAAAAUUAUUGUCUCUGUACAUGUUUCACCGAAUUAUGUUUAUUUUAUUGAUUGUUAGUAUAGUCCCUCUCGCAAUUUUUAUCGCUGCACCGGUUGUUUCCAGUCGAACAUAAACAUCGCAUGCAGGAAUACUCAAAACGCCGGGCGUAAAUAUCACUCGCGUUUAAAUAUUACGCACAAAACCAUACACAGUUUAAUAAAUAAAGGGAAAUAAAACCUAAACAUAACAAUUUGUCUAUUAUGUUCGAGCGUAAAUGGUAACUCUAUUAAUCGCACUGCAAAUUUGGUGCCUGUGAAAAGUGAGAACCCGUCCGGCUGGCCGAAAAGUGAUUUUGGGAAUUUUUUUUAUCGUUUUCAUGAAAAGCCCAUAAUUAUUACCCUGCAUAUCACAUAGGACCAGAUUUUUCUAACUGAAAAGUCCCGGCAUUAUAGAAUUCUCUUCAUGAAAACGUUUUAUAAUUCAAUAAUUUGUUGUGCAAAGGAAGCGCGUGCUUUGAUCGUCGUGGAUAUUGAAUGAGUGCAAAUUCUCUUGCAAAAUUGUGAAAAACUGCAGAAUUCAAUUAUAGGUUUAAAUAGGGCAAAAAAGAACAAAUUCUGUCCGAGGUCUGUAUGAUAAAAAAGGGCCUCAUAGUACUGUGUACCUGAGACGUGAUGAGAAAAACUAUGUUUAAAAGGCUGGUUUACGCGCCACCAGAUUCGUCGCCAAGAUUUAAUUUACUAGUAACCUAAACUUGUCGAAUGCAAGAAAUCCGGCCUGAUUUUUUAUUUUGGCCUCUCUUUUAGACAGAGGAAUGCAACGUGUAAAUUGGCUGCCAACAAGGACUAUCGUGGCGCGUGUUUAUAUUUCGAGGUUGUCCAAUUAUCCAUAGUCUCUCUAACGGAGCAAUGUUGGAGAGACUGGUGAAUGCCACAUUAUGAUGCAACAGCUGAUGCAAAUACAAUACACGAAUAGGUCUAUUUGUUUUCCAGGCCUAAUCUACAGUGAUC